AUGGUAAGAAAAGCGAAUUAUAUCUUCAGCACGAGCGAGACAUUGGAUGUUGAGGUGCCGGGGAAAGCGAAAGUUUGGUGCGAGUCUCCUGAUGCUGAAAGGACUCCUCAUGGAGACUUUGUGCGCUUUGGACAUGCUCCCGACAGAGUGAUGGACAAAUGUAGUGUACAGGUGCAGUAUAACUGCUCUGCUGCCUGUCGAAUCGGGGUCGAAAUUGUUAUUUCAACCCCAACAACGACAGCCUACAGAAGGACCUGGACUAACCAUAAGAGAUUUGGAAAACCCAGAUCCAGAACGGUUCCUCUGGUGUUUCCUCCAGCUGUGCUGUACCGUAGAGACUUUUUUGUCAGGCGGCCACUGGAGACAUGUGAUGUGGUGCUGAAGGCCUGGAUGAUUCAUCUGGUGGAAGAGGAAAUUGGUGGCAGCCAUGCUAAAGGAUAUGACCAAUCUCUUGUGAGAACUUCUACGUCUUUGAGGACACUACCACUCUCUGAACGCCCAGCAUAUCCACAGACAAGAUCGGUCUCAUGGAGCGCGUGGCUGAUGUGGCAGCUGACCAAAGAUACCGUGAGAAAGUGUCCACAUGAGUCAGACAUUGUGGAUAUCCUGACUUUUCCAUUUGUGUAA